GGAACUUCGCUUUUAUUUUAAUUGUGUUUUGUUGUUGAUACGUUCGAGUUCAGUUGAAGUCUGAUAGUUGCUAAUAAAACUAAAUACGUUAGUUACAAAGAAAGUGAAAUAUUAUUAUCGCGUUCGGGAUCAUCGGAAUUUUCCUAUUCGCAGGAAAAACUCAAAAAAGUCUCUUUUAUGCAGUUUGCAGUGCAUAUCUAGCUGAGACUUUGUUUUUAUUUAUUUUUUAAUAGAUUGACUCGUUGAUCGAUCGCAAUGGAACAGCAAGAGGAGAUCCUGAUGCACGUGGCCAAGGUGGUUAGGGCACUGAUCACGUCCGCAAAGCCGCCGGUCGAGCUGCGGUCCAUCGUCAAGGAUUACAUGGACGUCGAGGGUGAGCCGAUGCCCUUUCGUCGGAUGGGCUACUCGAAUCCCCAAGAACUGCUCCAGGAUACGGAGGAGUUCAACUUUAACUGCUACGGCAAUCAGGUCUUCAUCACAGCGAAGUAUAACGCCAAAACAGAACACAUUGCGCGUUUGGUACGCCAGCAGAAGUCCAGCAAGUCCAGAUCAAUAUCGAAGCCCACGCCAGCUGCUCAGCGAGCACAAAGUCAGAAGACCAACUACGGCUCUAACUUCAAUAACUAUCAACACCAAAAUAAGCAGCAGAGUUAUCAGCAGCCGCAGGACCGGUAUUGUCAGAAACAGCCACAGUACUGGCAGCCCAAUUACUUCCAGCAGCAGCAGCAGGAACAGCAGCUACAGCAGCAGCAGGCACAGCAGCUACAGCAGCAGUACUAUCAACAGGCCCAGCAGAAACAGCAGGCACAGCAGCAGUACUAUCAACGGACCGAGCAGCGUCGGAAAAAGGAACUUGAGCUGCAGGAGCAGGCUAAACGGAAUUGGAACCGGCAGAAGGAAGAGGAGCAGCGUCGGAAAAAGGAACUUGAGCUGCAGGAGCAGGCUAAACGGAAUUGGAACCGGCAGAAGGAAGAGGAGCAGCGUCGGAAAAAGGAACUUGAGCAGCAGGAGCAGGCUAAACGGAAUAAAGAAAUAAAGGAAGCAGCUGAGCGCGUUAAGCAGGCGAAAGCCAAUCAAGAACAAGAUCUAAAGGAAAUCAUAGAACAAGAGCUGAGGGCUAAGAUCAAAAAGAUUGAAGAAGAGUUUUCCGAACAGCUGCAGACUAUCAAGAAAAAUCAGGAACAGGAGCUCAAAAGGCUAAGGAACGAGCUUAAGGAACAAGAUCAAGCUCAAAGAACGAAGGAAGUCGAAGAGCAGACGCGCGUAGAGAAAGAUAACCGCGUUCAGGCUCAGGAGGUUACCAUGCGAGCUGCAAAGUUGGAUCAGGAAAAGAUCCUUGUAACAAUUGCCAACAACAAGGCACCAGCCAUGAAUGGACACGGUGCAAACCACGUUAAGGCUAACGGCCAAGCCAAAUACAAUGACGGCAAACCUCCGCUGCGCGCAAUACUAGGCAACAGUGCUUCGCAGCGCCAGCAAGAUACAAGCAGCGUAUUCCAUACCCCUGAAUCCACAUUCAAACGGCCGCUUCAUCCGCGAGUAAUGCACCCUGGUCAGCCACGCUCAACGGGCGUCUCUGUGAAUCACCGACUGAAAGUAACGCCGCAAGCGGAUGCACUCACGCCAGCGGGAGCGCCCAUUACUCCGCCAGCUUCGCCGGAAAAUGCUCAAACGACAUCCGCUGCCAAAGCGCCGUACAAGGAAGAUAGCCUCCGAGUGAACGGAGGUCAGGUUCAAACAGGCAAAGUUGUUACAAAGCCAAAAGCCAAGGUGCCACUUAAAUUCGAUCCUUCCUUCGACCCCGUCUCCACGCUCAACCACUAUUGCGAGGCAAAUGACUUUGAGAAACCUGCGUACAACAUAUUCAACAAGCCGCCGCACCUACACUGCUCAGUGCGGAUCGCUGGCGAUGUUUACAGUAGCUAUCCGCAGGAGUUCGCUGAUAACGAGACUGCAUGCCAGCGCACAGCACAGAUCGCCAUCCAGCGUAUCCAGCAUGCCGAGUCCCACUUAAAGCGCUCUGCCUGCACCUUUAGCGAUGCAGAGUUUAUCGACGGAUUGUACAAGGAGCUGUUGAAAUACCCACAUGGCAUAUUGGGUCACAAGCUGGAGGAUUGGUACGGCAGCACCUUCCGGCAACACCUGCCCAGUCACUGGUACGAUUUGAUAAUCGAGUCGAAUAAAAUUCGCGUUGAGCACGGCAUUGAUCCAAGGAUCAUAUUGUUUGCCAACGAUCCUGGGUCACCGGAGCCGGUCCGCAUCAGCACGAACACCCUGCCACAGCUGGUGCUGCCAUGGCAGUCCAGCGAAGGAGGAUCGCACGACUGGAACAUGUUCAUCAGCUACUGCGACUCCACCAAGCGAGUGUGGGCUCGAAUGAUCGAUCAGAUCGCAAACUUUGAAGAACUCACGAAGCAUAUGGGACGACAAAUGGAGUCUCCGCUUUUCCGACAAAAGGUAUUAAAACCUCAUGUUCAGGAAGUGUAUCUGGUGGAGAUUCCCGAUGGCUGGAAUCGUGUGCGUGUGAUUUCCGUCGAUGAGGAGACCUGUUCGUGCCGUUGCCACUUUGUGGACUUUGGCGAUGUGGCAAUGUUUCACUUUGAAGAUCUAUUCCAGUGUCCACCACAGUUCAUGGUGCUCCCGGCCCAGGCCGUGUGCCUCAGCAUGUACGCCUUGGAUAAGUUUGAGGAUCAUCCGCACGCUCAGCAAGUGUUAACGAAGGAGCUGGAUGGCCAGACGGUUGUCGCCCAUGUGCUCACCACCGAGAAGCAGUUCUUGGAACUGGGUGGAGCCGCGCAGGGGGUGGUGGAGAACGGUAAGCGGCGGGCGUGCUUGGUGGCCACGCUGUAUGAUACCUCCACGGCUGAGGACAUUCAUUUAAACGAUCUGGUUGCGAGCAGGAUAACCAAGUGCACACCGGCACCUUCGCUAUGUGACGAGAAGAAGAUCGGCAAGACCACUCCUAUUCUUGUGUCUCACAUCAACGAUGAUGGUGAUCUAAUGGUGCUGCUACGCAAUGAUGACUUUAAGUUUGUGGAGCGCAGUAUUGCGCAAACUGUGGCUGAUUUGGGCGCGCAGGACCGAGUUAGUUAUUCCGAUCUGCUCCACGACCGCCAUAUUUUUGUGUGCGACGAGUCUGUCAAUGGCGUGAAGCAGUGGUUCCGCGGUCGGCUGGUCACCAGACCACUCAAUCCGGAGGAAGAGACUUUCGAUGUCUACUACGUGGACGAUGGACGGCAGCGUAAGACGCACAUCUCUAAUAUCUACCGCCUGGAGGCUAACAACAGAGCUCUGGCUACGUUCCCGCCACAGGCCAUACCCGUUCGCCUGCACGACGUUCCAGAGAUCGCGGGUCAGAUGCUGGGUCGCCUGCGAGGUCUGAUACCAUCGCGCACCGAAGCUCUGCUAAAGGUUGUGGCCAAGGAUGGUGCAAAGCCUUUGGUAAACGUAUUCAUCCGUGAGGACCCGGAGUCCAUGUAUAUGUGCGUGAAUAUAGGCCUUCGCCUGGAGUUUGAGAUGGCUAGCUCCAUUCAUCCGGAGAAGUAUGAUCAUACGCUCCAGAGCUCCAAUGUCCAGCUGCCCAGACGCGGUAGCUUCAGCUCCGUGCUCUCCAGUCAGAGCAGCAGCAGCGACCUGGUCGCUACCACACCCCCGGUGACGCCACAAAAGACACCAUCCGCCAGAUCGGGAGCCAGCACCUUCUCGUCGCUCAUGCUCAAGGAUUAUGAGGCAAUUCCGGCUGUGGGUGCCUAUUUCGAGGUGCGCGUUGCCCUCUCCAUCAAUCCCGGUCACUUUGCGGUUCAACCUUAUAAAUGUUAUAACCAGCUGCAGACUUUGAUGAAGAAUUUACAAGAGCAUUGCCAACAACCUGCAGCCAAGGGAGUCCUGCCCUCACAACUGGCCAUUGGAGAGGCCUACGCUGCUCCUGACUCCGAAGGCGUGUACCAUCGCGUAAGUAUUCACAAGAUUUACGAUGAGAUUAUACACGUGCGCUUCGUCGACGUGGGCGACGAUGGAGUAAUUGCCUGUGAUCAACUGAAAACCCUAAAUCCAGAGUUAAGAAAGCUGCCCAAGAUGGCACUGCCAGCACAACUAUAUGGCAUACAACUGACUGAUGUGGUAUGGAGCAUGGAAAACUGCGUUCGAUUCCGCCAACUGUCGCUGGGUCAGAAGUUUAUUGGAAUUGUGCGGCGCAUGACCAAGCUAAAGGAUGGCGCACGGGCGCUGUGCCUGGAGCUGAUGGAUACCUCCACGCCGAAAGAUAUUAAGCUGCACGAGAUUCUCAUCAACGAGAAGCACGCACAGCCAGAAACCAAGGAAGUCUGAGUCGGAGGAGACGAUCCAUUUGAAUUUGUUCAUGUUUAUGUUUGCUUAAUCAUAGUUUUAGAAUUAGAGAUAUAUAACUUAUUACGACGACACAUUCCGCCACAUGGAACCGAUUAUAGCCAAUAAACUGCGGGUUUUUCUAUCGA